ACCUCCAUAAUGCUCCAAAAACAGUCUCUCUAAAACCGUCGUGCUCCCCUGGUUUAUAAGUUUCAAGUGUUCCUUUAUUCUUUCGCUUUCUCCUUGGCUACUCCUAGUAAACUUCAUUCUCAUCUCUCCGACAACAACAUCGCUUUCUCUCUCCUCUCUCUCCCCUCAAAUCAACCACUAACUGCAUUUUCCAACGUUUGAUCUUCCAUCGACAUGAUUACUUCUGAAGAUUCUAUAAUUCAACCUGUAAUAGUGAAGAUUAUGGAAGGAGAGUUUGGUUUUGUUCUUGAAGAUGUUCCUCACUUGUCUGAUUAUCUCCCUAAUCUCCCUACGUAUCCAAAUCCGUUGGAAGACAAUCCGUCAUAUUCUGUUGUCAAGCAGCAUUUCGUGGAUGAUGAAGACACGGUUGCUCAAACGAUUGUUGUCCAUGAAGAUAGUCCAAGAGGGAUACAUUUCAGGCGUGCUGGACCUCGGAAGAGGGUUGCUUUUGAAGCUGAUGAAGUGGUAGCUUGCAUUGUGACAUGUGGUGGUCUAUGUCCUGGUUUGAACACAGUAGUUCGAGAAAUAGUAUGUGGCUUGUACCAUAUGUAUGGCGUCACUAGAGUACUGGGUAUCGAAGGAGGCUACAGAGGUUUCUAUGCUAGAAAUACCAUAUCAUUGACUCCUAAAUCUGUCAAUGACAUCCAUAAGCGUGGUGGCACCAUCCUUGGUACUUCACGAGGCGGCCAUGAUACCACUAAGAUAGUCGACAGUAUAGAGGAUCGAGGAAUAAACCAGGUAUAUAUAAUAGGAGGAGAUGGUACUCAAAGAGGGGCGUCUGUGAUUUUUGAGGAAGUUAGAAGACGAGGUCUAAAAGUUUCUGUUAUUGGGGUCCCCAAGACCAUUGACAAUGAUAUCCCGGUCAUAGACAAGUCCUUUGGUUUUGACACUGCAGUGGAGGAGGCGCAAAGAGCGAUUAAUGCAGCCCAUGUCGAAGCUGAGAGUGGGGAGCAUGGUGUUGGGGUUGUUAAGCUAAUGGGGCGCGACAGUGGAUUUAUAGCUCUAUAUGCAACUCUUGCCAGCCGAGAUGUGGAUUGUUGCUUGAUACCAGAAUCACCUUUUUAUCUAGAAGGACCUGGUGGUCUCUUUGAAUAUAUGGAGAAAAGGCUUAAAGAGAACGGGCAUAUGGUCAUUGUUAUUGCCGAGGGUGCAGGUCAAAAUCUUCUUUCAGAAUGCAUGCGUAAAGUGCAUGAGAAGGAUGCCUCUGGAAACAAGCUGCUACAAGAUGUUGGGUUGUGGAUAUCACAGAAAAUUAAGGAUUACUUCAAGCAGCAGGAGUGGGUCAUAAAUCUUAAAUACAUUGAUCCAACGUAUAUGAUCCGUGCAAUCCCCGCAAAUGCAUCAGAUAACGUUUACUGUACGCUACUAGCACAUAGUGCGAUUCAUGGUGCAAUGGCAGGAUACACAGGGUUCACUGUUGGGCCGGUUAACAGUAGACAUGCAUACAUCCCCUUUCAGCGAAUUACUGAGAGGCAAAACAAGGUCGUGAUAACUGACAGGAUGUGGGCGAGGCUAUUGUCCUCCACCAAUCAGCCAAGCUUUUUGGAUCCUAAGACCAUCAGAGGACUGAAGAAAAAAUGAAGAGCACAAGCCAACAGAGUAGCUAGAGUGGGAACAACCAUGAAGCAAUCUCCUUCAGGAUUGUAAUCGAAAUGUAUACUUUCACGGCUGUAAAACAUAUACAAGAUGUGUAGUUGAGGAUUUGACGUUAUAAUUCUAGAUACUAUUGGGUUUCUCCUUCGCUCAUGGAUGUGAGCUGAGCUGAGCUGAGCUGACUCUUUACUAGUCGAUCUUAUCAGAUUUUGAAAGAAUGGAAGAUUAGCGAAGUGGAUCAAUGUAAGAUUGUGGGAUGUAAACAAGUUUGAUUCGGAUUAUUUUUUGACUAGAUAUUCGUUAUAAGCUCACCUGGAGUGGUGAUUAGUAUAACUUUAGAACUUGGUUCCAGCUAUUUGUGCACUGAACUCCUGUGAAUUCAGAGUUAUAGUUUAGGGAAUGGAAUGAAUGGACGAGGUUUAACGA